AUGAUUCAAAAAUCAAUCAUCCAAACCAUUCUUCUUAAUCAAAUCGAUGAGUAUUGCGAUUAUCUAGAAGAAACUAGUUUACAAGAUACCAAUCCACCAAAUACUGAAGAUGAAAUGGAAGUAUUCAUAAAGUUGGGUACACCUUUAGAAAACACAACUACAUCUCCUAACCUGACCUAUCAAAUCCAGAUGUAUGCACCUAUGCAGUUACUUAGAAUUUGGAUAGAUCGUAGAAGGGCACGAAACACACCUGAGCAUACCAGUAUAUCCCCACCAACAGACGUAGACAAUCGUUGUAGACGUAAUUCGGACAAUGAUGCACAGUACCCUCCAUGGUAUACAUCACCUCAAUACAUCGAAUCUCAACCAACGUCCCCCGCAGUUGAUGAGAACGACGGUCCGACGUCUUUCAACCAACCACCAUCUAUUCUCGACUUCACAAGCGGCAAAACCGCGAACAAAUUAAACAAGCGGGGCGUUAAACGCAAACUGUUAACACCAUCGCCAUCGUUUUUUGACAAACCCUCAGAUACAUCAAGUAAACGGGGCGCUCAACACCUCACGCCAUUAGACGGAGUAAAACGUAGUCUUUAA